AUGGUCAAUGUGAAUAUUCAAGAUUCAGAGCUUGAUGAUAAUGAGAAUAACAUUAUUAUAUUACCAGAUGCUGAUGAUGUAAAUGAAUAUUUUGAUAGUUUUGAUCAAAAUGUAUCAACUGAAGAACAUCUUAAUGAUGAAGGAAUUAUAAGUCUUGUCCAAUUUGAAGAAAUGGGUGAAAAUGGUGAUGAUUCAUCAUCAGAUGAAGAAAUACCUUUGAUACCAGUAAAAAAUACAAUUAAUGAUCAACUUGUCAAAUCUAAUCUCAAUGUGAUAAACUAG